UUAGCACAAGCGCAUUUCAGAUGAAUGAUGCAUUGUGGGAUUGGAUGCUAUUGACAUAGCGACAGGAUUGUCGAUUGAAGAACAGUCUUGUUUUCAUCAAUAACUUUGGGGAAUUUGACAUUUCAGCAGCUGCCAUGAACGGGUCAGUGGCCAAGAAGACCCAAGACACUUUAGGGAGAGUUAUAAAGAAACCGCCGCUUACUGAAAAACUGCUCAGCAAACCACCGUUUAGGUAUCUGCACGACAUAUUCAGUGAGGUGAUCCGGACCACUGGCUUCAUGAAGGGACUCUAUGCAGAGACUGAGAUGAAGUCAGACAAUGUCAAGGAUAAGGAUGCUAAGAUAGCGUUCCUGCAGAAGGCCCUAGAUGUGGUGAUGCUGGUGAACGGCGAGCCCCUCUCGGUCAAGCCAGCGCGCAUUGUAGCCGGCCAUGAGCCUGAGAGGACCAACGAGCUGCUACAGGCCAUCGCCAAGUGCUGCCUCAACAAGCUGUCCAGUGAGGAGGCGGUAAAGCGGGUGCUGGCCGGGGACAAGCUUGACCCCAAGGGGAAGGCCAGCUCCUCCCGGUCCCAGGACAAGGAGAACAGGGAGGGACGAGAGCGCCAACGAGACCAAGUGGAGAAGGCGAUCCGAGAGCACAGCGCCGGGGGUUGGGAGCAGAAGGACCCAGACCUGCCCAAAGAGCAAGAGGGCAGACGGGGCGACAAGGAAAAGGAGCGCCACCGCGAGAGAGAAAGGUCAAAAAAGAGCCGCGAUCGAGACCGUACCAAAGACCGUGGCAAGGACAAGAGCCGGGACAAAGACAAUGAAAGAGAGAAAGACCGAGAACGAGACAAGGAGAGCGAGAGGGACAGAGACAGGGAAAAGAGCAAAGACAAGGAGUUGCACAGAGGGAGAGAUCGAGAGAGGGAUAAGGAGAAAGAUUUAGACCGGGAUAAACGGCGAGAGAAGGAGAGAGAGCUCAGACACAAACAGGGGGAGGAGAAAACCAAAGUGCCAGAGAAGGGUGACAAAAAGGCCAGAGUGUCAGAGGACACAAAACACAGACCACAUCAAGAGGAGCCCAGUAAAACUGCCAAACCUGAACCAGCGGCUGAAGAUGAUGAACAGGAGCCUAUUGAAGAUGCAUCUGAAGAGACAGCGGAAGUCACAUACAAGCAGUCUGACAGUCCAGCCAGAAUACCUCGGCCUUCAUCUGCCAAGGGCCAGAGGCGCUGGCCCAAAGCAGGAGCCCAACAAGAAGAGUUCGACAGUGAAGAUGGAGACACUCCGUUGGCACAGAGGCCGGUUCCCCUGGAGAACGGAGAUGCCACAGACGCAGUGCCAGCCCACAUGGCCCACAGGAGGAUACCUCGGCCCAGCAGCGCCCGGCCCGCCCCUCCUCGGGUCAAGACGCAGGAGAGCUACACUGACGUGACCCCAGCUGAAAGGCUGACCAGUGCCAAGCCCCCGGCGGCCGUCAUCACGGAGGGGAAAAAGCUUUCUGAGGAUGAAGAUGAACAGUUUGUGGUGUUGGAGGCCGCCCCUCUUCCCCCCGACAUGCCCGAGAUGGAGCCAACAGUGGAUCUCCAAGGCGAUGAUAAUCAUGGUGGGCUGGUGAAAAAAAUCCUUGAAACCAAGAAAGACUUUGAAACAUCACCAUCAUCUCCAAAGUCCCAAGACCAGACCCAGAGCCUGGUGUCGGAGGUGUCCAGGAAGAAGGAGCGGGACCUGGUGUCUAAGGAGAUUGAGCGGCUGCGCUCGUCCAUCCAGACGGUGUGCCGCAGCGCCUUGCCCCUAGGCAAGAUCAUGGAUUACAUCCAGGAGGACAUGGACGCCAUGCAGAACGAGCUGCACACCUGGAGGAGGGAGAACAAGGAGCAUGGGCAGGCCCUGCUGCAUGAACAGAGAGUGACGGACAGCGCGGUGGAGCCUCUGAAGGCCGAGCUAGCCGAGCUUGAACAGUUGAUCAAGGAGCAGCAGGACAAGAUCUGCGCCGUCAAGUCCAACAUCCUGAAGAAUGAGGACAAGAUCCAGAAGAUGGUAACCAGCAUUAACUUCUCCUCGCGAAUAUGAGGGGGAGCCAAGGUCUAAAUAAAGGAUUAUCGCCCUUAAAAAAGGACCGAGCAUUCAGGGUGAGCCUGGUUCUUACUUAGUCUGGUGAAGUCCGAAAUGGAGGCCUCAACUGCACUUUUACACACACACACCCACACUGACUGACUGGUUCGGGGAGAGAGGGUUCGAAUUCAACCCCCCUCAUGCUCCAUCCACUUUAAGGUGAUUGACACACACUACACUGAACAAAAAUAUAAACGCAACAUGUAUAGUGUUGAAUCCCAUGUUUCAUUAAAUUAAAAUAUCCAUAUGAACUAAUAGCUUGGUUCUCUCAAAUGUUAUGCACAAAUUUGUUUAGAUCCCUGUUAGUGUGCAUUUCUUCUUUUCUCCUCCAUUUCUCCAUCCAGCUUACAGGUGUGGCAUAUCAAGAGGCUGAUUAAACAGCAUGAUUAUUACACAGGUGCACCUUGUGCUGUGGACAAUAAAAAGCCAAUUUAAAAUGUGCAGGGUUGUCACACAACACAAUGCCACAAUUGUCUCUACUUUUAAGGGAGCGUGCAAUUGGCAUGCUGACUGCAGGAAUGUCCACCAGAGCUGUUGCCAGAGAAUUGAAUGUACAUUUCUCUACCAUAAUCUGCCUCUAACAUUUGACAGUUGUUUGACUGUCAUUUUUUAACAUGUCUGUCUAUUAACAAUUCUGUUUACCUGAAGCUUCUUCAAAGCCUGUACAAAGCAAUAGAUCUGAGGUUUGCUGAGGAGCUAGGGACGCCACGAGCAUAAGACAUGGCAGUCCUUUGACUCUUCCUUCUGUCAACCACUAUGCUUGUCCCAGAUCUGUUUGUGCGUUCUGGCCAAGGUCAGCAAGACAUCAAAAACAGGCCUGGGAUCAGGUUAGUCGAACACCACUGUGCUUUGAGAAAUUGGGUUAGUGUAGAACUGUGUCCACUCAUUGAAAGAGUAGCGUUGAAGUUAAAAGUAACAUGACACUUUCAUAGAUAAAAAAAAAUAUUAUAUAUAUACAUACAUACACGACCUGUCAUACUCUUUCAAGGUUGUUGUUUUUAUUUAUUUUUAACCAUUUUCUACAUUGUAGAAUAAUAGUGAAGACAUCAAAACUAUAAAAUAACACCUAUGGAAUCAUGUACACUGCUCAAAAAAAUAAAGGGAACACUAAAAUAACACAUCCUA